GUUGACACUUUCUUCUAUGUAAGCGUGAUUAUUACGAAAACGAAACUGGAUGCAUAAGGAUAUAAACGACCUUCCCGUGCCUACAUUUUACAUUAGAACCAUUGGAACCGCAUUAUGAAGUUCUACCGUUAAACGAUUUAAAAUUUCAAACCACUUCUGUUUUAAAAUAAACUAGUAUCUGCAGGACAGAAAGUGAGAUUUUCAUACUUAUUCUAUGGUGCAGAAUUGUGGAUAAUAAAUAGGUUUACCCUAUGGUAAAUAAUCUGCGUAAAACGCGCGCUUAAGCGGCAAAAUACGCGGCUGCUCAGUUGUUUUCCUGUCUUCUAUCGAUCCUAGAGUAUGUGUUAAUAAGCGGUAAUCCACGUCAGACGCGCGUGAGAGGACACAAGUAUAUCAUACCGUAUUGCACUGCUUUAAGAUCAUACGAGUACAUUAAUUUUUAUACAACGGUGUCGCAUUCUGCUCUGUUACGAUUUACCGACGUGGAUGGGACAGGUUGGAUCUUGUUUUGCUUCGAAAGGAUCUUUGGAUAGCUACAAGCUCGCUGGGUGUUUUAAAAUGACGAACCGGAUGAAACAAACGAAAGCUGCGGCAUGUGUGGAUCUAUCAGAAAAACAGAUUGCCGAAUUCAGAGAAUCGUUUGAUCACUUCGAUCGCAAUGAUGGGGUCGUUUUGUACGAGAUCGCCAAAUCUUUACCUGUAUCAUCGCUGUAUGCAAUCGUUUGGGUACGAUUAUUAGGAGAUCGCUACAUCACCAUUCGGGAGUUGAAAGAAGUCGUGGAAAAACUUGGAUUCCGACCAACAAUAGAACAACUAAAAAUAUUUAUGGCCGAAGCCGAUGCAGACAAGAACGGCAAAAUUGACUUUGGCGAAUUUUUGGGCGUCAUGAGGAGCAAGAUGGGAGAAAUGUUGCACAUGACGGAACUGGAGAGGGCAUUCAAGGUGUUCGACUACAAUGACGAUGGUCGGAUAAGUCGAGCUGAACUGCGAGGUGUUUUCAAAAGCCUGGAGCAGCAUUUCACCGAGGAGCAAAUUACAGAGAUGAUCAAAGUUGCCGACAAGAAUGCCGAUGGAUAUAUUGACUUUGAUGAAUUUUCAGGGCUCGUUGAUUCUUUUAGUUAAAUAUCGAAUACAUUAUGGUAGAGAUUUUAAAAUACGAAAUGAAUAUAAAUUACGAAAUGAAAUCUCAUUUCUCGUACAACUGCUAUAGAAGCGAGCUGCUGCUGAUUCGGCAGGUGGAAAUAGUCAUCGGUGAUGCUGAAGACUUACUGUAUUUGCCGAAAAGUUUUAAU